GUUAACCGGAAUUUUUGACUUAUCAGCACCCCCUAUUCCCCCAGCAUGCUGGAUAAUAAAGAUUUUACUGUAAUUAUAAACUGUCCUUUUUAACAUUGUCAGGAAACUUCUCCAACCCAUAUGUAAUAUCUACUCAUGUGGUCCCAUGACUACUAUGAUCAUAAUGAACCAACUAAUGGCAUUUUAUUCACCUUGUGCAAGCUGGCGAGUAACUUGCUUUUGGAAAACUCUAGCAUCCUCUUAUUUUCUAUAGAAAAUAGAAGAGGAAAAGGGUCAUAAUAGCAGUCUUACUAAAAUAGUGGAUGACUAGCAUUAUCCAGUGAUUUUUGACAAUACUGAAUGACUUCUUCCCUUUGUCUUCCAUCCCCAUGUAAUUCUCAGUCCAUAAUAAAAUGUAGGCAUAUGUAUUUAUAAGGAUAAUUUUGUGAGGAAAUAGGUAGUCAUCUGUUAGAAAAUGAAUGGGAAGCUCAUCAUUUCAGGAUAUUUAUUGAUAUGGAUAGAUCUCCAAGAGAAGUAUCUUGAGAAACAACAGAGACAUCAGAGAUUGAAAGCCUAUUCUAGUUCAUUAUUCUCUUGUUCCUUAGUACUUAAUGGUUGCUCGGGGAUUCAUAAUCUUCCUGCUUCAGUUUACAGUCUCUAACUUCAGUUACUAUGAAAAAUGCACCCAACAGAGCAAGUUAUCAAGAUCUCUGUAAGCAGAGAAGGAAGCAGAAACAGUGGACUCCUGCCAUUGUUUUCCUCAAGAGGGACUUGCCUUGCUAAUAAUACACUUGAAUCUUUCUAUGACUAGACCCAUUACCCAGAAUUCAAUUAUAGUUAUAGUGAGUGUACGACCUUGUUAAAUAUUAGCAAUUUCAGAGAGAGGUAAGUAUAAAAAUGAAGCACACUGGAGCUUGAUAAAAUGAUUAGGCUAAUUUUUAACCUAAUCCCAUUGUGCAUUGGAUUACUAAUCAAUAUAUUACUAUUCUCAGAUGGUACUUGUAGGCUGUAAUAAAAAAAAAAAGGCUUAUUUUUAAAGUGGAAUAUUUAAGUAAUAUUUAAGUAAAAUGUAAGUAGUCAUUCGCUACCACAAUGUCAGAUUUUUCUCCUCUCCUAAGAUUUUUAAUAGUUGGCUCCUCCUAUAAAUUGAUAUUGGACAUAAGAACUAAUAUAACUUUGUUGUUGAAGUCUCUUUGAAAUUUUGUUUCUAGUAUAAAGUUAUUGUAGAUGUAUGUGAAAUUAUGGUAUGGGAACAAUACUUCUGUUUUCUAAAAAAUGUUUUGUCCUACAAUGUUUUCAUUGUAGGAGAUAAAGUCCUUGCUCUCACUUUGUGGUGGACAAUUCAGCAGUCAACAAGAAAUUCGUAUAAAUUCUCCAUUUUGGAUUCUCAAUAUUCCUUCAGAAGAGAUGGCAAGAGGACUAAUGAAAAGGACAGUAUGUGCAAAGCAUAAUUUUCUUCACUGACCGCAAUCUAAUAAUCAUGGAAUUUCCAGGUCUAUAUUUGAACUGUGGGGUCAGGGAAAAUCUGCAGAGGAACUGUACACAUCUCUGAAGAACUACCCAAUGGAGAAGAUGGUUCCGUAUCUACAGUCAAACUCAACAUACAAAAUACAUAUUCAUGCAUUUAACAAAACACUGACACAAGAGGAAAAAAUUAGAAGGAUAGAUGCUCUGGAAUUUCUGCCAUUUGAAGGGAAAGUGAAUUUAAAAAACCCAGAACAUAUCUUCUGGAUUCUGGAAGAUUAUGGAAUGGACCCUAACAACGUUCCAGAAGAACCUCUUGAUUUGUAUUUUGGUAGAUGGAUUGCGGAUGGGCAAAGGGAGCUUAUUGAGUCAUACAGUGUAAAAAGGAGGCAUUUUAUUGGGAACACAAGCAUGGAUGCCUGCUUGUCUUUCAUCAUGGCAAACCAUGGAAGAGUAAAAGCAAAUGAUGUUGUGUUUGAUCCAUUUGUUGGAACAGGUGGCCUUCUUAUAUCCUCCGCACGUUUUGGAGCAUAUGUGUGUGGUACUGAUAUAGAUUAUAAUACUGUCCAUGGAUUAGGCAAGGCUAGCAGGAAGAACCAGAAGUGGAGAGGACCAGAUGAGAAUAUCAGAGCUAACCUUCGGCAGUAUGGUUUAGAGAAGUACUAUCUUGAUGCACUCGUUUCUGAUGCAUCAAAACCUCUAUGGAGGAAGGAAAUGCUUUUUGAUGCAAUUAUUACAGAUCCUCCAUAUGGCAUACGAGAAGCUACUAGAAGAACUGGUUCACAAAAAGAAAUACUUAAAGCAACGGAAAGAGGCACAGAAAAUCACAUCUCCAUUUCCUCGAACUAUCAUCUGAGUGAUAUCUUUUUUGACUUGUUAAACUCUGCGGCAGAGUACCUGGUGAUGGGAGGAAGAUUGGUGUACUGGCUACCAGUUUACAAACCUGAAUAUACAGAAGAGAUUAUACCCCAGCACCCCUGCCUGAAACUUAUUAGUAACUGUGAGCAGAUGCUUUCCAGCCACACGUCAAGGCGCUUGAUAACCAUGGAAAAGGUGAAAGAAUUUGAGGACAAAGACCAGUAUUCUCACUUGUUGGAUUAUCAAUCUUUGCUAUACAAGGGUCACAAUUCCUUUCGUGAGAAGUAUUUCAGUGGUGUGACAAAGAGGAUUGCCAAGGAAGAAAAAGACAACCAGAAGUAAAAAAAAAUAAAACAAACAUUAAAAAUGAGGAAAGUAUGAAGAUUAUAUUUCUUUUGUAAAGACAUCUGGAUGCUUCAGAAAACAAAUACUGUUUUUAAUUUUAAAAAAGUCACAAUGAAAACCACAACAUAGGUUAAGAACAGUUCUUUUUAAUUAGCUUUGUUUAUAGCAGAUUUAUUGUACAAGUUUUGAGCCUUAUUUAAUUUAUAUUUGUACUUUCAAGUACUAAUGAUGAUUGACUAAAACCAUUAUUAUUUUCUUUUACCAUUAACUUUUACAGAAAAUAGUAGUAUUGUUUGGCUUCUUAAACUGUGAACAUCUGGAUGCUUUAGAAACACAUAAUAGAGAUCAGGGUUUGCUUAUUAGGAAUAUUGCUUUCAUUUGUUUUGUUUUUUUGUAACUGAUACAAAAUAAAAACCAACAGAGCUUGUUGUGACUUUUUAAAAUUGUGUUGCAUGCAACAGAUUCUCAUGUGAAUUCUUACUGCCAUGUACUGGGCCAGCUAUGUUUAAAAAAAAAAAAAAAAAAAACCCCAAAAAACCUCUAGGAGCUGAGGAAGGACCUGACAAGGCUUGGAGAGACUAUUAAACCCCAUAAAGCCUGUCCGCAUCUGAAGCUCAUCUGUACCUUGGAUUUGCUGUUGCAUUCCUAAACUUUGACUGCUGGUCAAGCCAACUGUCUGCAAUUUUUGAUUCAGAAACUAACUGAUAGUUAAAGCAGUAACAACAACAAAAGAUUUGGUAAUGGUUUCUUAAUGGUAUUAAGCCUGAUCAGCUCUUUGAAACUGAAAUUGUAUUUUUAAAUGGGAAAACUUUGCUGAACCUACAUUGUGUCCAUCGUGAAAAUAUCUUUCUUGAAAACUACUAGACCCAUUAAUUAAGGAUAUUAAUGGCUUUACUUGCUUUUGGUGGUCAAAUACACUCAUCAAUGCCCUGCUGAGGUAUAUCUAUUUGUUCCAGCUAGAUAGAGCCCCAUUUCUUAAUUUACUGCAGGUUAUUGUGGUCAUAUAAUAGUCUGCAUAUAGUGGUGACCUUCAAAAAGCCAGUGAUACCUAGGCAGGCACGAGUCUGCAUCUCUUUGGUUCAUUGAUUUAUUUCACCUUCCCUUGUGUUUGACUCUGAGGGCAUUGCUACACUGCAGAGUUUGCAUCAGCGCAGCUGCAACAAUGCAGCUGCAUUGCUGUGAGCUGUCUAAUGUAGCUCCAACUGAGCUCUACUGUCGGCUUAACUACUCCAGCCCCGCGCUCCGUGAGCAGCGGUAGUUAUGUUGGCAGGAGAAGCUCUCCAACUGACCUAACGCUGUCUAUGCCGGCACUUUAGUUGGUGUAACUUGUGUUGUACAGGGAGUGAUUUAUUCACAACCAACCCCUGCUCUUCUGGCAGACAUGAUCUAAAUAGCUGUACAAGAUAUGAGGCAGUGGAGAAUCAGGUCCCAUAUAUGUGAGAGCUUUGAUUCAGUGUCUCCUCCACUUGUCCCAGAAUGCUGCUACCUCAGGAAUGACAUGUAGCAUCUAUUUAGCGUGUGACAGACUGCUAAUAUCCUGAGCAAAUUUUAUGGAAUUAAGGUAACUCAAUAAAGAGUUAAGUCAGACCUUAUUGAAUUAGGGUUAAUACCUUUGGGGUACUGUAUUUAAAAUGCAAUUUGGUAUGUGUUAUUGUUGCAUAGUAUGUGCCUUCUCUAGUAGAAGGGGGUUGCUAAUGUACUUUCUCUGUUAUCAGCCCGUUAAAGCCACCUGCCUGGAGAGGUUUCAUAUACUAAUUCAAAUUGAAUUCUCCAGGGACUAAUAGAAGAUGAUGAUGAUUUUUGGAUAAAUAAUCUGGUUUUAAACUGGUUCCAGCACCUGUGUCCUGAGACCCUCUAAGAUUGCGUGCCUGUUCUGAGCAGAAGCUAUGAUGAACUUGUUACCGCAAAGGAAACCCUCUGGGUGGGGUGUUGAAGGACUUCUUCUGCCAGAGAGUAGCCCCAUGUUAGGGUUGGGAUGGUGUCUGGUAAAUUUAUGAGCAUGUAUGUAGGUUCUUCUAUUAUUUUUAACAUGUUUUUCUCUGUAGUGCUUUUACCUUAAAAAGAAAGUAGGCUUGCAGAGAAAACUGGGUGGUAACUUAUAACUGUAGCAAUUACACCUUGGGCAGCCUGUCUUGCUGGGAAUACACAGUGAAGGGAACAGUGCAGCCUGGGAAUACGCUGGUAGAAGGGUGUGAGAUGGGGGCUCUUCCCAAGAAAGGCAAUGGUUGGGGAGCUGGAGGCCAGAGAGUGGGUGCCCUUGCUAGACCACUGAGGGGACGUACAGGUGCAGUUGCCCUGAAACGAGACAAGCAGUUCACACAUCAUGUUCUUAAGUAACUGAAGAGUACCACAUUCCAGUUGAAAGUACAAGUGGAAUUUUGGCACUGGUGUUACAUCCACUGUUUCAGAAUAGUACCAAAUUUAAAAAGUCAGCUAAAGAAGCAUCUCUCGACCACCUAAUGUCACUUAAGAGCAGCUUCAAUUGUCUAAGCUCUUCGGUCAAUUUUUUUCCCGAUCUGACAUCCCUAUAGUAGACUCUCCAAUUAUGUACCCAACGUAUGGAUGCUGCUGUUUUGAUAGUGUGAAUGCUGUGUUGCAGCUGCCAUGCUUUCUGUAACGAAGGUUCCUUUCAAGUUUGUCGACUGGGGGCUCCUCUCCAUUAUAGAUAGAUGGAUUAUUCUUCCUCAGAGGAAUCAGCCAUUAAUAGCAAAGGUUUUUGACAUCCUCUUUCCAAGCUGACUCAAUCCCAUCUCUCUUCCUCAGAUUCCAAUUCAUUUCCUGCCUUAUCAUUGAUGCACUUUUUUUUACUCUCCUAUAGUAAAUGUAAGAGGAUUGUGAAAACUUAUGUCUUUGAAUAAGGGGUCGCCAAUCUGAAAAAGUUCAGAAACAUUGCUCUCAGUGCCAAUGUCCUCACAGAAUGGACCCGUACAGAGAACUAGUGAGUGCUGGCUAUUAUGGAAAGAAAUCUUACUGUUCUUAGUCUCUCUUCUCCUCCUCUCUGCCUCUUCCCCCCCCCCCUCCCCCAGGGGUUAUUUCCUCUAUGCCCAGGACUUUUUUGUGACCUGUGGAUUAUGAGCUAGAGGUAGGGGUGGGGGUGAGGGGGUGAGAGAGAGAGAGAGAGUCACAAGUGAACAUACUAAACCCUAUAUAAUGCCCCCUCCCCACCACUUAUCAGGAACAACAGUGAUCCUGCCAGGGCAGUGGAGGGGGAAGUGUCCCGUCUGAGGCUAUUGGUUUUAUGCAGUCCUGCUCAUCAAACUUUCCUCCCCCUGCCAGUAAGUGAGCAGCUGCUGCGCUAAGUCAUCAGGCGUCUGCAGCAGUCUCCUCUCUGCAGGGCCUCCCUGUUGGGCAGGUAGAAGGCUGCAGGGCCACACUGCAGCUGGGUUAGUUCCCUUCACAGUUAUGUUGUCACCUCCUUUUUGGGAAGCUCAGAGUGUCUGACAGCUGGGGAGGAGUAGGAGCCAAGUCUAGCAGGAACAGAACUGACCUGCUGCCAAGGAACAGUUUUGGGUAUUUGUAAUGUGAGCACCACCUCUCUUCUCCUCCUCUAUUGUAGGUGUUCAUCUCUGAGUUGCCCAUCUGCCAUUCUUCAGAUGGAUCUGGCUGUGAUCCUGGCAGGUCAGAUGCCAGUUUUUGCCCAGGCUGCAGGCAUUAACUAAGAACUGACAUUUAUAGCUGGAGACCAGACCAGUUCACCUGGUCUGUUUUACUCAAAAUAAGUAUUAGUCUUAUAAGAAUGUAUUUAGUCUUUAGACUUUAUGAAAUGCUUGUAAGUUGCUGCAUGCAUUAAUCUCACUUGUAAUGUCUCUAUUCCAUGCUAUAAGAAAAUAUGUAAGUUUCUUGCUUUAUAACUUUGAAACUGCUCUGAACUUGUGAACUCAGGCAUGGGAAUCAUCUCUCCCCAUCUAGAAGGACUAUCAAAAUCAGAUGAGCCAUCAAGAAACUUCACAAAACAAAGGAUUGGUUAAUGGCUCUAUUGCACCUGGGAAAUGCUACGUGCAGGGAAGCUCGUCCUGUGGGCUUGGAAAAUGAAUGAAGGAAAUAAAGCAAAGCCACAGGAAAUUUUUCCAUCUUUUUGGCUGUUUGAACUCUGAAGUACCAGAGAUGGUAAACUUAAGCCGGAGAUCCUGAGAGGCUGCCUCCUGGAUCCACCCUGAAAGACACUUUGAAUUGACAGAUCACUACAAUUCUUUCAUUCUCAGGGUUUAGAUGGUAACUCAUUUGUGUGUAUAUGUUUGCUGGCUUAAACCUGUAAAUAACUCUUAUUCCUUUUUUCUUGUUAAUAAACCUUUAGAUAGUUUUUUACA